CCCCUUCCAAAAAUAUGAACAUUUCCUCCUCUGGAUCAAGUGAUUUUCUUCCAUCAACCACCAGAGCCAACUGUUUGCUGCCUCGUCGUCAUCAUGUUUUGGGAAGUCUCAGACAUACAAGCCAGAACAAUCAUACUUUUGUGGACAAUUCAAACAGAAAUGAAAGUAGAGCUCCUAACCUUGGUAAUGGACAUUCUGUUCAUGGUGCACUUGCCCAACAACAAAACUCCUCUGUUGACUCACCCCAACAGAGGUUGUUCCAACAACAGCAUUCACAGAGGAAAGCAGAUCUUUACAACCACCAUACACCAAACUUGCACAACACACAUACUGUAACUGUGACAGACAGACGUCCUUUGCUCUCAUAUCUACUUGUAACAGAAGACACACGGAAUAUCGACCAAAGCAUUGAAUUUACGGGCUGCCAUGGCUCUAUUAUUCAAGCGCCCCCUAACAAAAGCGUACAGACACAUAGAGCAGUUGCAGUCGUACCUCCUAUAUCAAAGCAACCUGGAGAUGGUGGCAAAGGGAAGGAAUGUGAUGACACCCUUUCUCCCAACUGUGAUGACCAUCAUCCCAUGUUAAUGAAAGAUUUGCAGUCUCUUGCUGAUGACAAGGAAAUCAAGAAGGCCAUUGUUUUGCCUUUUGACACUGACAGUGCUGCUGUGAGGAAAACAUGUGUGAAGUCUGCAGAGGUUGGCUGUCGUCCUGAAGCUGAUGUCACCGAUGAGUCUGCAGUCUGCCACAACUUGGAUUCUCUCAACAGCCUGUCCCCUGAAAACAAAGAUGCUCUCAAGGACCAGAACAUUGAAGAGUUAUGUGGACCAGAUGUUUUCUUUGGCAUGCCUAUAGUGACGUUCAGUCUGAAAAAGUUGAAGGUAUUGGAAACAGCCCUGGAGCUGAAAGAAGAGGAAGAAAGGACAAAAAAUGAAAGCAGAAUGAACAACAAACCAGAAUUUGCAGAUGCUGUACUUGAUCUUUAUUGGGGUGGCAAAUAUCUCAACUACACUGUGGCAGAACUAGAUGGUACAUUUGAAAAUAUAUUGAAAGAGGCUGCAGAGUUUGACACAGAAGAAGACAAGAUGGUGUUUAGUGCAAUGAAGGUGGGGAAUUUAAAUCAGCUGAAGCAAAAGGGCCAAAUUUUUACCAAUUGUUUUGACUGUGACAUAGCCAUGGAGAUAAAUAAGUCAUGGUGGAGAAAUGUAAAUGAUGAAUCAAUGGACAUUGACAGAGAAAUGGCAGAUGAAGAUUUUACAAGAGAAAUCUGUGGAUCAUUGCUGGAGCAUUGCAAUGAAAAGUCACCGGAGAAAAACGUGCCCAGUAGCAUCCAAACCCCAGGUACCACAUCUCCCCAUGAGGACAGUGUAUCUAAGGAAGAUCUCUGUCCAUCCUCACCACUGGCAAAAGACACAGUUUCUUUGUACAAUGAAAACUGCACAGCCAAAGUUGAGCAGACUAAACAUGUCAAACCUGAAAGUCAAGAUGAUCUUAGACAAAAAGUGACAGUCUCCACCAACAACAAUAAUGAUAGACAAAGUGUUUCAAGAAAGGAAAACAAGGAAGAUGAUGUCUCCCUUCAGGUUUCGUUGUCUUUGAGAAAUCUCAAUAGACAUUCAUAUGAAAAAUCAGCUGCUGCUGUCACAGUAUUUAACAUUCUCGAGAUGUCUGAGGAACAAACCUCACAACAGUGUUUAAGAAAAGGAUCAGACAGCACAGCUGUUCUUGCAAUGACAAAUGUGGACUCGGAUAAUAACAGCAGGGACUUAGAUUAUGAGAUGAAUGUAACUGAAGAAGGUUUGAAAUUGUCUGAAAGACUCUGUGAAGAGGUGGAAACAUCAGAAAAGGACUGUCCAGUGAGCCCAUCUGAUACGAUGCUGUCCAUCAAAUUAACUGCUUUGUCAUCUGAGAAUGAAGAUAAGAUUGAUUCUGAAAAUGUACAUCAGGACCUCAUUAGUUCUCCACAGACAGAUCCGCCAUCACCUAGCAAUGAGCAUUCAUAUGAGUCCCCGAAGAGUCCAGAUGAACCCAUGCUGUCAAUGAAAAUAACAGUGUUGUCAAUGGAGGAGUUUCAAGCAUUGUCAAAAGAAUUAUGGGUAGACUCUGAUGACAGUGUACACAAUGUUGCUCCGUCUUCUCCCAUUUGUCUUGACAGUGAAGAUGAUGAUCUGGAGGUGGACUUGGAGCACACUUUUAAGACAAUUGGAGAUUUGAGUCAAAUGAUGAAACAAGAAAAGAUUACUACAUUUGAAGAAGAGAUUCCAUCCUUUCCCUCCAUAGAGCAAGUGUUGAAACAGUGUGAAAUACAGACAAGCAGAACAGCUACAAAAGGGCUACCUAGUCCUCUUAAAGAUAGCAGGAAGGAGAAGGACACUCUGGAACAUCAACUUCCAUCCCAAAAUGCUUGCAGAAAGGACCAUGCUCUGACAACCCAUCAGGGAGCCAAGUCCCCUGGACUGGAGAUUCAUAUUCCUUACUCAUCAUCACCAAGGGGGGUUAAAGCCAGCUCUCCCAUCUCUCCAUCUGCUCCCAUAAGGACAACAAACUCUGAUGUAAUGAAGGAAUCAAGUUCACUGGAGGCUGAAAGCUCAAGUGCAAGUAAUGAACAUGAAAUCAGCAGUCCCACCAGCACUCUCCAGUCAGUACCGCUCAAAAAAUGUAGAAUGGAACCACUCGAAAAUAGUAAGAAUUCAAAGUUGACAGAUGUCCUGUGUCCAUCAGGCCAUUCGCCCCUGAAAGUGACUAAGAAAUCUAAUAACUCCCAAAAGAUUGUUUCAGACAUCACAAAGACACCAGACAAUAAAGAUAAUAGAGAUAAUGAUGUAAGCCUCACUAAUACCUCAAGGGAGAAUGUUGUGAAUCUAGCAGGUACUUCAGAAAGUCCAGAAUUGCCAAAGUCUUCAGGUGUGCACAGGAAAAGAAAACUUGUAAAGUUUAAGCUGUAUGGAUCCCAAAAAGUAGAUUCUAAGGAAGCAAAUGGAAUGAAUCAGUAUAGAUCAAAUUGUGACCGUAAUUUGCCUCCUCUACUUAAUAUUUUGUAUUCCCCCGACAAGACAUCUGCCAAGGACAAGAUCAUGAAAAGUUGGGGGGACAGUUUUGUGCCCACUUCUGUCAAAUGCAGGAGACUGUCAAGCUCAGUAGAUAAGAACAGGGAAAAGAAUGAGCCUGAAAGACCAGUAAAUCACUAUAAAUUGUCUAGAAAGGACAAGGAUGAACAUCAGCAAUCAUCUGGCAAGGAACACCGGUCAAAAAGGAAAUCAUCUGGCAAAGACAAGGAUAAGCAGAAGCAGCGAUCAUCCAGCAAGGAGCACCGGUCAGAAAGGAAAUCAUCUGGCAAAGACAAGGAUAAGCAGAAUCAGCGAUCAUCCAGCAAGGAACACUGUUCAGAUCACAGAAAGCGUCAACACAGGUCCUUCAGUCUAGGCGAAUUGAGACGGGAAGCUGAGAGGAUGGGCAACUCCAAAAAAUAUCUGCAAGAAAAGCAAGACAUGGGACUGCAUGUGAUUAAACGGUAUCAGCGGAUUCACAAGAAAGUAUGACAAAGAAUAACGACGAGUGAAAGAAAAUACUGCUAAUGAGAUUACUUGAAAUUGCAUCAGGAUGGGUGGCCAAUUGUAUUCUGAUUUGUCUCAUAUCUGGAUGUCUAGUAAAUAAUCUGUCAUGUUGGAUUACUCUCUUUCCUGGUUGUUGGUAUGUAGCCAAGCAUUUUGAUGUUUGUAAUACACUAUGCAGCAUAUUGUUGCCUCACCCCUUGUUAAACCUUCAGGUUAAGGUUGAAUUAAGGUUGUCAUUGUUUGUUUUUUAUGAAUAUUUUUAUCAUCAAAACAUGUCAUGUCAACUGUGUUUUUAUAUUUUUUUAAAUAAAGCAAUACUGCAGC